AUGAUUGUACUGCUUUUGAGUGCUAUAUUAAUAGUAGGCGGUGGUGGUGCACAGCUGAGUGAAGAAAACUGCGAUGCUGGGGACUUGAAAAUAUGCGUAAGCUUAAUUCCACGAACACCUGUUGGUCUACCGAAGAACAGACAUGAACUAGAUGCACAUUGCCACGCCUACCAGACAGGGAUGACAUGUAUGGACGCAUGGAUCAAACGGUGCUUACCUACGGACGGGCAGAAAUUGCUACAACAACAAAUAGGGGGAGCUCGUGCACUGAUGCGAUUUCUGUGCACAAAUGAUACUGCUCUUCGAAGAGAAUUUCUGAAGGAGCCUACAUGUUGGGGGCGAAUUUCCCCCGAUUGGACCAACUGCGUCAACGAGUUACAAGUGGCUGUAAGGGAGAGUACAGAUCGAGCUCAACAACUCACGUACUUCAAUAAGAACGCGGAAUUAUGCUGUGCCCGAGAUGACUUCAUUACUUGCGUCGCGAAUGCGGGGCGCUCGUGUUCAAUGGCGGCAAGUACACUCCUCAGACGCAUGGCGUGGGUACUAGCGCAAGACGUAGCCGCGUGCAACCAACAGCUUAGAGCUUAUUGUUCAGCGCCUCCACCACCAUUAACAGCACAUUUACUCACCGCUAUUUAUGGAGUUAUAUUUUAUCCCCUACGUUUGUAA